AUGAAUUAUCAACAGCAAGAAGAGUAUUAUAAUAGUCUUCUACCUCCGCAAAAUAAUAACCGCCAACCUCAACAGCAAGAAGUGGAAAGUUACUUAGCCUCGAACACACCUGUAGCUGCUCUACCAACCGCUGCUUUACCGACUGCUGCUUUGCCAGCUGGUACUUUACCGAACGCUGCUUUACCAACUGCUACCUUACCGACCGCUGCUUUUUCCACCUCUGCUCCGAUAAACUAUAAUGCGCCUUCAGUGUUCAGUGGAGGACUAAGAGAUAAUAGCUCAGAGUCUUCAACUCAGCAAUCUUCAAACCUAUUAGGUAAACAAGUCGAAGCGCAACCGUCUUUGCAACCCUCACCUUAUGACAUUGCAAAUAUAUCUACUUCAAUGGAUCCUUUGUUUAGCCUAGGUAGUGUUAUAGGUGGUGGACUUGCUAACAUGGCAGCAGGAGCUGGAGGAGUUGGUGGAGAUGGCGUGGAUGGAUCAAACAUACCUGGGCCAUCAACUGGCGGUAUAAAUCCAAUGAUACCACCAAUGCUAGGACCUAUUAGUUCACUCCCAGGGCAGCCUGGUGGUUUAGGUCAUGGAGUAUCGAAUUUCCCUGGUUUAUAUUCAAGUACCGGGUUUGAUAUGCUAGGCGUAUUGGCACGAGUAGCAUCAAGACCAAAUCCACAAAUAAAUAUUGGUCCUGUGGAUAUGAGUUGUUCAUUUUUAGUUGUCGACGCCCGAAAAUACGAUUUUCCAAUAGUUUAUGCGAGCCACACUUUUGAAAAACUCACAGGGUACAGUAAUUCGGAAAUAAUUGGUCGAAAUUGUCGGUUUUUGCAAGCUCCUGAUGGACAUGUGGCUCUUGGUUCACGUCGCCGUUAUACCGAUAACAAUGCUGUCUAUCAUAUAAAAAGCCAUAUGGUAUCUGGUAAAGAAUGUCAAGCUUCUAUUAUAAAUUAUAGAAAGGGUGGUCAGCCUUUUAUUAAUUUAGUGACCGUCAUACCGAUAACUUGGGAUAGCGAAGAAAUUGCAUAUUUUGUAGGCUUUCAAGUGGAUUUAGUUGAGCAACCAAAUGCAAUCCUAGAAAAAAUGAAGGAUGGAACAUAUGUAGUUAAUUAUCAGCUAAUGAAUCUACCGACAUAUAUUCCACCAAACCCAUCAUAUGCUGGACCAGUAGUAGUUGAUGAUUACCUUCGCGAGAUAUCAAGUGGUGCUAUGCCAUUCCCUGCAUCCCCAGAAGUAUUCGACUUGAUUGGUGGUAAUGGAGAUACGGAAAUGAGCAAACGAUUAUGGAAUAAGAUGCUGCUUGAGCAUUCAGACGAUUUCAUUCAUGUACUUUCAUUGAAAGGAAUAUUUCUCUAUUGCUCGCCAAGUUCAAGAAGAAUGUUAGAAUAUGAGCCGGAUGAAUUAGUGGGAAAGAGUUUAUCGACGAUAUGUCAUCCAUCGGACAUUGUACCAGUGAUGCGUGAGUUAAAAGAAUCCUCAAAUGGUGUCGAGGCGGUGAAUUUAGUAUAUCGUAUUCGACGAAAGAAUACUGGAUAUAUGUGGCUUGAAGCACAUGGAAAAUUACAUUUGGAGCAAGGAAAAGGUCGUAAAUGUGUGAUAUUAUCUGCUCGUGAACGGCUGGUCUAUAAGUUAACGUGGAAAGAUUUGCAAGUAGCUGGAGGAAUUUGUGACAAUCAAUUUUGGGCGAAACUUUCUCUGGAUGGAUUAUAUCUAUAUGCUUCAUCAGCCUGUCAAUCUACGCUGGGCUAUACUCCUGACGAACUAGUGGGAACUUCAUUAUACCAUCUGGUUAAGUCAGAUCGCACCACGGAGAUAACGAGAGCACUAAGUCGAGCAAGUAUAGGAAUAUCAGUGAAUCUGAAUCACACUAUUCACAAAAAGAAUGGACAAUAUGUCGAAGUAGUGUCGACUUUUUUUCCAGGUGAUUCUGGAGCAAAUCAGAAACCAUCAUUUAUUAUAUGUCAGUCAAAAGAAAUACAACAAGAACUUCGACGUCGUUCAUCAUCCACCGCCAGCACACCAAUUCAUCAAAGUUCGUCACCGCUCACAUCAUCAGGCUCACCGGACGGCUCAUCGACAUUUUCGAGUUCAUCUGGUGGAUCAACACCAACUCAUUCGAUACAUCUUCGUAAGCUUUCGAUUGAACACGCCGAUACCGAUAAUAUCUUUGAAGAGCUAGAUACAACACGGAGUACCAGCUGGCAAUAUGAACUACAUCAAAUGCGAUUAACAAAUAAGAAGCUUCGCGAGGAACUCGAGGCAAUCAAGCAUUCUAAGAAGAAGCGGAAGAAGAGAAGUGCAUCAUCUUCAAAUAAGGUAUGUGCUCAUUGCCAACGUAAAGACUCGCCCGAAUGGCGCAAAGGACCCGGUGGUCCUAAAUCUCUUUGUAACGCGUGUGGCUUACGUUAUGCAAAGCAAGUGAGCAGCACGGGAAGUGGCAGUAGUACCGGAACACCAUCUAUAACAUCACCUAAUAUCAAAUAA